UGGAACAUAUUGGACGGCCCUCAAACCUGCACAAAAACAACGGAUCUGCACGAAUUCAUAAGUUACUUUUUUUCUCCAAAACAGUGUAGAGGAAAGGUCCCUUUGUGUGAAUCUACUAUGGACCACAUGCUCUGUCAGCUGCUGGUCCUGGGUAUGGCUGUGAUGAUGGUCCAUGCGUGCCCCAAGUAUUGUGUCUGCCAGAACUUGUCUGAGUCGCUGGGGACCCUGUGCCCAGCUAAAGGCCUGCUCUUUGUGCCUCCAGAUAUAGAUCGCAGCACCGUGGAGCUCCGGUUAGGGGGAAACUACAUCCUUCGAAUUGCACAGCAGGACUUUGCAAACAUGACAGACUUGGUGGACCUUACGCUUUCCCGCAACACGAUAAGCUACAUCCAGCCCCUCUCCUUCGGUGACCUGGAGACCCUCCGUUCUCUCCAUAUGGACAACAACCGUUUAAUGGAAUUAGGCCCAGAUGACCUGCGAGGGCUGAUCAGCCUGCAGCAUCUCAUCCUUAAUAACAACCAGCUGGGUCGCAUCUCUGAGAGGGCAUUUGAAGACCUCGCAGCAUCACUUGAAGAUCUGGACUUGUCUUACAACAACCUGCAAGCUCUGCCCUGGCAUUCAGUCCGACAGAUGAUCAACCUGCACCAAUUAAAUCUGGACCACAAUUUGUUGGACUACAUUCCUGAGGGGACCUUUGUGAAAUUGGAGAAACUGGCCUGCUUGGAUCUCACCUCUAACCGGCUCCAGAAACUUCCACCAGAUUCCAUCUUUGCCAGAGCACAAGAUUCCGAAGUGAUGACCACACCUUUCUCACCUCAGCUUUCACUAAGCAUGGGAGGGAACCCACUUCACUGCAAUUGUGAAUUGCUUUGGUUUCGCAGCCUGGAGCGAAACGACGACCUGGAAACUUGUGCCUCCCCACCUGGCUUGAAGGGGCGCUACUUCUGGAAUGUUCGGGAGGACAAGUUUUUGUGUGAGCAGCCGUUGAUUAUUCAACACACCCACAGGAUGCUGGUUCUGGAGGGCCAGACUGCCAGUCUACGGUGCGAAGCCAUCGGAGAUCCCCUUCCAACCAUACAUUGGGUCGCCCCUGACGAUCGAUUACUGGGCAACUCUUCACGCACAGUGGUGUACCACAACGGUACCCUGGAGAUCCUGAUCACCACAUCGAAAGACUAUGGGACCUUCAACUGCAUUGCAGCCAACCUGGCUGGUGAAUCGACUGCUUCAGUGGAAUUGUCAAUUAUUCAGCUACCCCACAUAAGCAAUGGGACAGGCCAGGCAUCACAACCCAAGUCCCGCCUGUCAGACAUUACGGGCACAUCCAAGACCAGUAAAGCCACUCCCAAUAGUCAGUCAGAGAAAGCAGUGUCUGUUUCAGAGGUGACUGCCAUGUCUGCCCUGAUCAGGUGGUCUGUCAGCAAGACAGCCCCCAAAGUGAAAAUGUACCAGCUCCAGUACAACUGCUCAGAUGAUGAGGUCCUCAUCUACAGGAUGAUUCCUCCCUCCAGUAAGGCCUUCCAUGUCACCAACCUGGUGUCCGGGACCCGCUAUGACCUGUGUGUGCUGGCAGCCUGGGACGAUACAGCCACCAGUCUUACUGCCACUAAUGUGGUGGGCUGCAUGGACUUCUACACCCGGGAUGACUACCCCCAAUGCCAGUAUCUCCAUGGACAGCUGUUGGGAGGGACCAUGAUCCUUGUGGUUGGUGGCGUGAUCGUGGCAACGCUUCUUGUGUUUAUCGUGAUCCUCAUGGUGCGCUACAAGGUAGGGGAUGGUGAGCCCCCCAUCACCAAGUUGAGCGAUGCCAGCGACGCAUACUCACAAACCAAUGGAGGUAGGCUGGGGCAGAGCGGGGUGCCUCUACCCAUACCCAAACCCAAGUUAACGCAGGACGAAGUCGUCAAAUUUAAGUGUGGUUCACUCCAGAGCAGCUUGUCCUCUUCCUCAUCAUCCUCCUUAUCCUCAGUAGAUGCCACUUUAUAUAGUCCCAACAGUGCCCUCACAAACAUCUGGAGGUCCGCGGCUCCCAAGCCCCACGCCAACAUAGACCAGCUUCUAGGGGCCUUUAAUUCGCUGGAGCUUCAGGGCCAGGCCAAGGAGCCGGGACCCUCUGGAAGCUCAGUUGAAGGGGCUGCUUCUGCUCCGGCACCCCCUACUGACAAGGAGCCUUUGUUGGGUCGGACGCUAGACUUGCGGCUCAGCAGGUUGCUCAUGUUGCCGUUGGACUCCAAACCCAAGAGGAGCCACUCAUUCGACAUGGGCAACUUCACCGUGUCCACAGUGCAGCAGCUGUGCUCAUGUCCUCGCAAGAUUAGCAGCAUCUGGACUAAACGCAGUCUGUCUGUGAACGGCAUGCUGCUGCAGUGCGAUGAGGAAGGUGAUACCGGUGGGAGCAAAGGCACCAUAGACAGCUCUGAGUGGGUGAUGGAGAGUACCGUAUAAGGACCGAAACCAUUUUAGAUUCCAUUCUGCAUGACUCCUUACGAAGUCCCUGGACCCUCAUGAUAUUUACAGAGAAAAAAUUUAAAUUUAAAUUCUGUUAUCAUUUACUUGAAAAUGAUUUUUUCACAAUUUGUUUUUUUGAAGGGUCUUUACACAGAUCUUACCAUACAAUCACAGUUCAUAGCGACCUGAAAAAAUACAAAAAGAACAAAAAACAAAUGGGUAAUUCCUAUUCGGUGUGAUUUAAGUACCCAGUACAAGUUGUGGUAUUUACAGUAUAAUGCUUAAUUUCACCCGAUUACAAUUUUAAUAGGAUUUUUUAAAAGAACAAAUACUAUUUCUAAUCAUUUUCAAUUAUUGCACUGUCAUUUAUGUUCCAAGAGCUGCA